CAAUUUCACUAAAUUAACAAACAAACCCACCCCCCAUUCAUUUGGGAUCCAAAGAGAGAUUAUAUAACUUUGAUCUUCAUCUCUCUCAACUUGUCUACCUACUUUUGUUGAAACCCACGUAGAAAAGUUAAAGAAUUUGUAAGUUUUCCAUGGGUUCACAUGAGGAUUGGAGCUUAGAGAAUGGGGAUUUGAAGGAUCCUGCAGUCGCCGCUGGAAUUAGCAAAGAGAACUCGAACCCUGCCGGCGCCGGAAGAACGGCUCAGAAUGUGUCGGUUUCGCUUGUUCGUAAGAAGUCCGAUCCUUCAAUUGGGUCUAAGUUUCAGAGGUUUCCGGUGGCCGGAAAGAUUGUGGUUAAUGUUCAGGAAGUCAUUCUUGGGACAAAGCUUUUUAUCCUCUUUCCUGCUAUCCCAUUGGCUAUCAUAGCUCAGUCUUAUGAUUUCGGAAGGCCUUGGAUAUUUGCUCUGAGUUUACUUGGAUUGACUCCACUUGCAGAGAGAGUCAGCUUCUUAACAGAGCAAAUUGCAUUCUACACUGGUCCAACAGUGGGUGGGCUGUUGAAUGCAACAUGUGGGAAUGCAACAGAGCUGAUAAUAGCAAUCCUUGCUCUUCAACAGAGGAAGAUAAAUGUCGUGAAAUAUUCACUCAUGGGUUCUAUUCUUUCCAACCUUCUCCUUGUUCUUGGAAGUUCUCUGUUUUGUGGCGGUCUAGCCAACCUCAAAAAGGAACAGAGAUUCGACAAGAGGCAAAGUGAUGUGAAUACUCUGCUUCUGUUGCUGGGAGUGCUUUGCAUUCUACUGCCUUUGCUUUUCAAAUAUGCUGCUGGGGCUGGAGCAGGGUCAUUGGUGGGAGCGAAUGCAAUGGUGGCGACUUCGAUUCUUCAACUGUCGAGAGCAUGCAGCAUUAUGAUGUUGUUGGCUUACAUAACUUAUCUUGUGUUUCAACUGAAAACCCACAAGCAAUUGUUUGAUGCUCAAGCUGAGCAGGGAAUGAUAGGUGAUAUUAAUGAUGGUGUGUCGUCGGAAGAAGAAGAGGAGAAAGCUGCAAUUGGGUUUUGGAGUGCAUUCGGAUGGCUGGUUGGGAUGACUUUGAUCAUUGCUUUAUUAUCUGAAUAUGUGGUUGGAACAAUUGAGGCGGCUUCAGAUUCAUGGGGGAUUUCAGUGAGCUUCAUAAGCUUAAUACUUCUGCCUAUUGUUGGAAAUGCAGCUGAGCAUGCUGGCUCUGUUAUCUUUGCCUUGAAGAACAAGUUGGAUAUCUCAUUGGGUGUUGCUCUGGGCUCAGCAGCACAGAUCUCCAUGUUUGUGGUUCCAUUGUGUGCUGUGGUGGCAUGGGUGAUGGGUGUACCGAUGAACCUUGAUUUUGAUCUAUUGGAAACCGGCGUAUUGACAUUUUCAGUUAUCCUUAUCGCAUUCACCUUGCAGGAUGGAACUUCUCAUUACAUGAAAGGAGUGGUUCUUUGUCUAUCAUAUGCAGCCAUUGCAGCUUGUUUCUUUGUCCAUAACAAUACUCUCCCAGAUCAAAAGGGAACCAUUGUGUUGGGAGUGAUGGUGGCUUAAUCAACAAGAACAGACUUGAAGAAGAAACAUGCAGGAGGCAUUUAAUUACACUUCUAAUUACAUACUCUCUUUUUUCUUUUCUUGAUGUCCAUUUUCAAACAAUCAAUCAAAUUAAGCCUCUUGUACUAAUAAUUUAUGAAGCAUAAAAUCUUUUAUAACCCCCUU